CCCAUCUAUCAUCUACAGCCAUCAUGAUUGCUGCCUCUUGGACUAGCUUGCUGGCUUCCGGCGAAUUGCAGCGCUCCUCACACGUACUGUCUGUCGUGCGCGGAACUGGAUACAUAUUCGGCGGAGAGCUAUUGCCUCGUCAGCCACGUGAUAAUCACGUUUACAGGCUACACUCAAAAUAUCAUGCCGCCCAGUUAGUUCUGGAGACAAAAGGCACUUCUGCUUCACCAUCUCCUCGCGUUGGUACGGCUUCCGCUACGCUUAAUGGCAAGGUCUAUCUCUUCUCAGGACGUGGCGGAGAAGCCAUGGCCCCUGUCGAAGAGCAUGGUGCUGUAUGGAUGCUGGACCCAUCGAACAUGAAGUGGACGUCACUUUUGCCGUCGGACUCCUCGAAGCCGUUCCCGCCAGCUCGAAGUUACCAUUGCUCCACAAGCAACAACAGGGAUAGGAUCUUCGUGCACGCUGGUUGUCCGGAAUCUGGGCGUCUCGCAGACCUGUGGUCUUUCGAGCCAUCGGGUUGUACAUGGACGCGGCUUGCUAAUGCCCCUGGUCCUGCUCGAGGUGGAGCUUCUAUUGCAUUUUAUGGGGGCUUGCUGUAUAGGAUGAAUGGGUUUGAUGGCAAGGUAGAGCAGGGUGGUAGCCUCGACAUCUUCGACCCAGAAAGUAAUACUUGGUCCACGAAGUACUACGCUGCAGAUAACAUCUCAGGGCCUGCUCCAAGGAGUGUAGCUGCUACCCUUCCCGUCGUUGCAAGUGGGAAGCCUCUCCUCGUGACGCUGUUUGGCGAAAGUGAUCCUAGUUCGCUAGGACAUCAGGGGGCAGGUAAGAUGCUCGGGGACGUCUGGGCAUACGAUAUUGCUUCGGGAGCUUGGUCUGAGGUCGACACGAAAGCUCCCAGCACGUCCUGCAGACCCUCCCCUAGAGGAUGGUUCGAUGCAGACGUGGUGGACCAGUCAGCAAUUUUGGUGUCGGGUGGUCUGGGGGAGGAGAACAAUCGGCUUAAUGAUGCUUGGUUGCUUCAAUUCUGAGGUUGUCGCGAACCAUUCUCCGCGGAAAGAACCUGGCAAUAGCCUCUUUGCUGUAAGAAAUAGCUUAGUGGUUCAUAUCAUCCGUGGUCAUAAAACGUUUCCUCCAGGCCUAUAUCUGGGGGGCUGAAUGCCCCAUGCUCUAAAUUUGAUCAAGUCAUCAACGGAUCGUCAAUAGGUGAAAGUUGGUGGUGUCAUCGUUGAGCCUAUCUAUAAAAUGUUAGUUUCCUGUCGCCAGCUCUACGUGAGACAGCAACACGGCAGGAGGAUUACGUUCUUGCCCCUACUGCAUCCCCUUAGUGAGGAGAACCACUGCCGACCCUUAGCACAUCCACUCUGGGCUGUGGGGCUAAUCGGCACAUUCCAGAGCCC